AAUUACAAUCGAAAAUAGCAAGAUGCAAAAUUUUACAAUAAUUUUAUUUGCUGUCAUUUUGCUCGUUGCUGUGAAUUGUCAAAGAAUUAAGAGGCAAGUUACAUUUCCAGAUGAUGAAAGUGAGUCUGAAAAAAAAGUCAGUGAAAGAGGAUAUUGGGGACAUCAUUCCAGAAGAACAAGAAGACCAAGACCAGCUAGGCCUACAAAAACUUCACCAAUUACAACGUCUUCAGCUCCAGAUACAAAUGAAGUUCCACAACAUAUUCAGGAAUGCAUCGAAGAAUGUCCAAGACGAACAACAUCAGAAUACAAUCCAGUCUGUGGAACAAAUGAUCAAACCUAUAACAACUCAAAUCAACUGAUAUGUGCCGCAGAUUGCGGUCUAAACGUUCAAUUCCGAAGAGUCGGAGCUUGUCAACCAUUGAGGUAGAAAUGUCAUGUGGGACCUAAAGAUGAUGUAAAUGUGGAUAUUAAGGAGGAUAAUUGGAUAUGAUAAAGGAACGACUCACCUAUCUACAGCUACUUACAACAUUUUCUCAUCUCUUCUUAAUACUAAUCAUGUAUCUGUUCAAUAUUGUCAGGACUAAUGACAUUUCUAGCUUUAAGUCCUCAUAUUUUAAUGUUGUAUCAAUUUUGUAAUUUCUGAAGAAAUUUAUAAGGAAGGUCUUCAUGACAAUCAUCGCGUAUCUGUAGCCUGUGGAUUGAAGUACAAUUAAUUUAAAUCAGCCAGUUCCUGGGACCUCUCUCAACCUCCCAACUAGCUGUAGCACUAAGCAAUAGAUUCAUAAAUGGAUCAGAGCUUAGCUAAACCCCAACUUAACUUCUCCAUUUCAGUAUCAAUCAA